AAACGUGAAGUCACCCUCAACCAACUUCUCAGUGUUGCCUCAUCCAAAUCACUCACUCCAAUUCUGAUAAUAAAUCAGAGCCCUAACCACUCCGAUCUCCGAUCAGCUUCUCCGUUACUCCGAUCGAUUUCGCUAUGGCGGCGGAGAAUCCGUUCAAGAGUAUAUUGAAAUCGCUCGAGAAGCCGGACGGCGGCGAGUUCGGGAAGUACUACAGCUUGCCAGCUCUCAAUGAUCCUAGAGUCGAUAAGCUACCGUACUCUAUUAAGAUCCUUCUGGAGUCUGCAAUUCGCAACUGCGAUGAGUUUCAGGUUAAGAGCAAGGAUGUUGAGAAGAUUAUUGAUUGGGAGAACAGUGCUCCCAAGCAGGUUGAGAUCCCAUUCAAACCUGCUAGAGUCCUUCUUCAGGAUUUUACUGGUGUGCCAGCUGUGGUUGAUCUAGCUUGCAUGCGAGAUGCCAUGAACAAUCUCAAGGGAGAUUCUAACAAGAUUAACCCAUUGGUACCAGUAGAUCUUGUCAUUGAUCACUCAGUUCAGGUAGAUGUGGCAAGAUCAGAAAAUGCUGUGCAGGCAAAUAUGGAACUAGAGUUCCAGAGAAACAACGAACGGUUUGGUUUUCUGAAAUGGGGAUCAAAUGCAUUCGAUAACAUGCUUGUUGUUCCUCCUGGAUCAGGAAUUGUUCAUCAGGUUAAUUUAGAAUACCUUGGGCGGGUGGUGUUCAACACAAAUGGCUUGCUAUAUCCUGAUAGUGUUGUUGGGACAGAUUCACACACCACAAUGAUUGACGGAUUAGGUGUUGCUGGUUGGGGAGUAGGUGGGAUUGAAGCAGAAGCUACUAUGCUUGGCCAGCCAAUGAGCAUGGUCCUCCCUGGUGUGGUUGGGUUCAAACUGUUAGGAAAAUUGAGAGAUGGUGUGACAGCUACCGACUUGGUUCUGACAGUAACUCAAAUGCUGAGGAAGCAUGGAGUUGUUGGGAAGUUUGUGGAGUUUUAUGGGGAAGGCAUGAGUGAAUUGUCAUUAGCUGACCGUGCAACUAUUGCUAACAUGUCUCCUGAAUAUGGUGCAACCAUGGGCUUUUUUCCUGUUGAUCAUGUUACGUUACAAUAUCUAAAACUAACUGGCAGAACUGCUGACACUGUUGCUAUGAUAGAAUCAUAUUUACGGGCAAAUAAGAUGUUCGUGGACUACAGUGAGCCCCAGUUAGAGAGAGUAUACUCUGCUAGUCUUGAGCUAAAACUUGAGGAUGUCGAGCCUUGCAUAUCCGGGCCAAAGAGGCCACAUGAUCGUGUUUCUCUGAAAGAAAUGAAAGUUGAUUGGCAUGCGUGCCUUGACAAUAGAGUUGGAUUCAAGGGUUUUGCUGUGCCGAAGGAAUCUCAAACGAAAGUCGUAGAGUUCUCAUUUCAUGGAACCCCCGCACAGCUUAGGCAUGGAGAUGUCGUAAUAGCAGCUAUUACCAGUUGCACAAACACCUCAAAUCCUAGUGUAAUGCUUGGAGCUGCAUUGGUUGCAAAGAAAGCUUGUGAUUUAGGAUUGGAGGUCAAGCCAUGGAUUAAGACUAGUCUUGCUCCUGGAUCUGGGGUUGUAACCAAAUACUUGGAAAAGAGUGGGUUGCAGAAGUAUCUGAAUCAGCUAGGAUUUAACAUUGUUGGGUAUGGAUGCACCACAUGCAUUGGAAAUUCAGGAGAUAUUGAUGACGCAGUGGCAUCAGCUAUUACGGAAAAUGAUAUUGUAGCUGCUGCUGUAUUGUCUGGAAAUAGGAACUUUGAGGGUCGUGUACAUCCUUUAACAAGGGCAAAUUAUCUUGCUUCUCCUCCUCUUGUGGUUGCCUAUGCUCUUGCUGGCACGGUGGAUAUUGAUUUUGAAACUGAACCUAUUGGGGUGGGGAAAGACGGAAAGAAGAUAUUUUUCAGGGAUAUAUGGCCAUCUAAUAAAGAAGUGGCAGAGGCUGUCCAAUCAAAUGUUCUUCCUCAGAUGUUUAUGGCUACAUAUGAAGCAAUCACCCAAGGAAAUCCCAUGUGGAAUCAGUUAUCUGUACCAUCUGGCAAUCUUUAUGCGUGGGACCCAAAGUCCACUUAUAUACACGAGCCACCUUACUUUAAAGAUAUGACCAUGUCUCCUCCUGGCCCUCAUGGUGUGAAGAAUGCUUACUGCUUGCUCAACUUUGGAGAUAGCAUUACAACUGACCACAUCUCACCAGCUGGUAGCAUCCACAGAGAGAGCCCAGCAGCCAAAUACCUUAUGGAGCGCGGUGUUGAUAGACGAAACUUCAACUCUUAUGGUAGUCGUCGUGGUAAUGAUGAAAUAAUGGCGAGAGGCACUUUUGCAAAUAUUCGCCUGGUCAAUAAGUUUUUGAAAGGAGAAGUUGGCCCCAAAACAAUCCAUCAUCCCACAGGAGAUAAAGUUUCAGUCUUUGAUGCUGCCAUGAAGUACAAAAGUGAAGGGCAUGACACAAUUAUUCUGGCUGGUGCUGAAUAUGGGAGUGGAAGUUCUCGUGAUUGGGCUGCUAAGGGUCCAAAGCUACUGGGGGUGAAGGCCGUCAUAGCAAAAAGCUUUGAGCGCAUUCACCGUAGUAAUCUCGUGGGCAUGGGUAUCAUUCCCCUAUGCUUCAAGGCUGGGGAGGAUGCUGAAACUCUUGGAUUGACUGGUGAGGAACGCUACACCAUCGACCUCCCAAGCACUGUUAGUGAAAUUAAACCCGGUCAAGAUAUCACAGUGGUGACAAGCAAUGGAAAGUCAUUUGUAUGCACGCUACGAUUUGAUACAGAGGUUGAGCUUGCGUAUUUUGAUCACGGAGGCAUUUUGCAAUAUGUCAUCAGGAACCUGAUAAAGAGUUAGAUCAACCAUGACGCCUUUGGCAUGCAGGUGAAGGUCGCCAUUGUACUAACCUUUCAACAAGUUCUAAUAAUCAACAUGGAGGGGGUAAAGAAAGCUUGUUUCAGUUAUAGAGCUGACCCAUAUUACCUUAUAAAUAAAGAGAUGUUGGAGGGGAUUAUUCUAGUUUUAGAAUGUUCAGGGGAUAUAGAGCUUGCAUGGGUCAUGAUCAAAAUUUUCCAAUAUUUGUAUCCGUUGGUUAUGCUUAUGACUGUAGAAUUGAAAUUUGUUAAAGUCGGCUUUAAUGGAGGUGAGGUUGAAGG